GCACUUGCGCAUGCGAAGCGGAGUCUGCUCGAUGUUGAGUAUGUGAACGGGUCCUCUCUGGGAAAGGACGCCGACGAAGAACAAUGCUUCCCCAUUACCGUGCCUAUAGAGCACCAAUGCGCACAUAUCAUCGACUCGUGUCCAGACACUCGGACGUUUCUGUCGAUACCCUACCUGCAAUCAUACUUCUGUGCUGAUGUCUCCUUUCGACCACUGGUCUUCUCCGCAUAUCUCGUCUGGCUCGUCUUCAUAUUCUCCACGCUGGGUAUCAGUGCCGCCGACUUCUUCUGCCCUAACCUCGCUACGCUCGCACAGCUGCUCGGUUUGGACGAAAACAUGGCAGGCGUUACCUUCCUCGCGUUCGGAAACGGAAGCCCGGACGUGUUCGCUACGUUCUCCGCCAUGAAGGCGAACUCGGGCGGCCUCGCGAUCGGCGAGCUCCUCGGUGCUGCGACAUUUGUCGUCUCAUGCGUCGCUGGCUCACUGUGUAUCAUCAAGCCGUUCCGAGUGCUGCCCUACCGCUUCUUCCGCGAUGUCGGGUUCUUCACGGUAGCCGUCGCGAUACUGCUUGUGGUGCUCUGGGAUAGCGAGCUCGAGGCUUGGGAGGCAGCUGCACUCAUCUCCCUGUAUUUACUGUACGUCGUGGUCGUGGUCGGCGGCAGCUUUUGGGAGAAGCGAAUGGAGCGCAGGCGGCGAUAUGAAGAGCUCAUGCGGGACGAGUUCAGGGAGGAAGUAACCGUACCUACCCCGUACCAUGACGACGAGCCGUAUAGAGACGACCCCUUCACUGCUCUUGCACCAUCUUCGACCCUCGAGGUCCCUACACCAUACACGCGCACCCGUGCUGUGUCGCAUCCUGGCCCUCCUCGUUUGGGUCUGGAAACGGAACUCCCGCCCAGACCUCGGACACGUUCUCCCUCUCCACAUAGCAGCCCACACCUGAGUGCGAUGCCAUCUUUCUCCCUGGUUGGCGCCCUCGAGUUCCGCCGCAUCGUCUCGUCGCUUCAGCAGGAAGCGGCGGGCUCCUCCCUCAGCGUGUUUGACACACCAUCUCCCUAUCCGGGCGGCCACUACCACCGACAUGGCGGCUCGCGCUCGCGCUCGCGUUCACAUACUCCUCGCUUAGAAAUUCGGGAUCCGUGGGAUGCCGCCCUCGGUGUGCCCCUGGACGAGCGCUCGCCGCCCCUAAUAGUUGCUCCACCUCCAGAGUCAGCAGAGGAGAUGCCACCUAUACCAACCAUCUCACAUACGCCCGCGUCGCCUGUCGUCUCCGAGACGGACACGGACGUGCAGUCUGAGCAAUUCACUCAGUCCUCGCGGCGGCACUCGAUCAAACGUGUCUUGGGGCACGCUUUCCACCUAAUCUUCCCUACGCUACACGGCUUCCGCGCGAAGCCGUUCUUGGGCAAGGUUGCCGCUAUUCUCGCGGCGCCGGCUGUGAUGGUCCUCACGCUGACGCUGCCUGUGGUGGUGACGGCGUACGACGACGUGGGGCGGGAACGCGAGAAGCACCAUGAGCGGAGCGUUUUGGACAUAAAUGACAGUCGACUCGUGGACUUUGAGGAGGAGGGCGUCGAGCGUGCGCUUAUUGCGGAAGAGGAGGUUGCGGAAGAGAUGCACGAACUGAAGUACAACAAAUGGCUCAUGGCCGUGCAAUGCACGCUUGGGCCGCUGUUCGCCGCUGCCAUCCUGUUUGAUGGGACCAAGCAUGAGCCAUGGCUGCUUCUGGCGACAGGCGUAGCGGGCUUUACCAUUGGCAUCCUCGUGCUCGUCUUCUCAGACAAGGGCUCGCAUCCAACAGCACUGCUCGCUCGUUGUAUCAUGGGGUUCAUGGUUGCCGUAGUCUGGAUCAUGGCUAUAGCCGAUGAAGUAGUGGAAGUGCUGACCACGUUUGGGUUCAUUUUCGGCCUUUCCGAUGCAAUCAUUGGACUAACAAUAUUCGCCGUCGGGAACUCGCUCGCUGACCUCGUGGCAAACAUGAGUGUUGCUGUAUUCGCCCCAAUCAUGGGCUUCUCCGCAUGCUUUGGUGGACCGAUGCUCAACAUCCUGCUCGGUAUUGGCAUCUCCGGAUCCUACAUCAUCCGUCAAACCGCCGAGCCAUACUACCUGCAUUUCUCCACGACUCUCGUCGUCACCGGGUGUGGGCUCCUCGCCCUCCUGCUCGCAACGCUCGUCUUCGUACCACUGAACGGCUUCUUCCUACCGCGCGGCUGGGGCAUCACCCUGAUUGUCGCCUACACGGUGAUCAUGAUCACGAAUGUUGUCGUGGAGAUCAAGAGCAAGAGCUGACUGGGCAUCGGAGCUGCAUGGACAAUGGACUGCUGUUGGAGCUAUCUGUGAUCUGGUGUUGCAUAUCUAUCGUAUCAGAGCUGAUAAUGCGUUGUAUUUAAAUCACAGUGUACUGUACUAUGCAAUCCAAGGCAGUGACAAACUGGGAAAUAAUGACUU